AUGCAAACAAACCCUGAUGUUUAUUACAACAUCGAAAUGAUUGACAUGAUGAAUUGUCAAUAUCUGUCAACUAUCAAUGAAGAAAAACCAAUCAAACAAGAUAAGAGUGAAAAAGAAAUGAUGAAAAGAGAAAUAAAGAAAAGAAAUUAUCAUCAGAUUAAAACAAGAAAGACAGACAACCACAAAAUAGGAAAGAAGAGUUAUGAACACAUCAAAGAAGAUAAAAGAAGCACUCAAAGAAGUGAUGAUGAUACAAUUGAAGAAGAUGAGUACGAAAGAAAUGAGAAAAAAAGAAUAAAGAGAAGAAUGAAUGAAAUGAUGAAAGAAGUUGAAGAGAAAGAAAUGAACAAAAGAAAAAUUAAAGAAAAUAUGAAGAAAGAAUGGAAUGAAAGAAAAGAAAGUGGAGAUAUUUUGAUGAGAGAAGAAGAAAGAAUAAAAGAAGAAAUUGAAACACAAUAUUCAAACACACCAAAUUAUCAAGAAAACAAAAUAUACAAUAUUAUUAAAGAAGGAUAUCAAAGAAUCAAAAAAGGAGAAAUUAUCAAUGAAAAAGAAUAUCAAGAAGAAACAAAGAAAUGUGGAUGGAGUGUUGGGAGUGAUUUAACAAUUAUUUCAAUGAUAAAGAAAUAUGGAAUAUGUAAUAAGAAAGAAAUAUAUCAUAAUCCAAUUAUUCAAUAUCAAUUAGAAGAAAUAAAUGGAAUUAGAAAUGAAGAAUGUUGUCAAAAAGUUAUUUCAGAACGAAUUAAAUAUAUUGUAGAAUUAAUAACAAUUAAAUGUAAAUUAUAA